AUGUGCCCUCCCGCCUCAGGAUCAAGCGGCUUGGCCGAAAACACAUCAUCGGCGCCAAUCGACCCUGCCAUAUAUCCGGAUUAUAUCCCUACGGACUCCGGCUCAAAAGCAAAUUAUACUUACGCAGCAACUCAAUUGCACCCAGAGAUCCUGCGUCAUAGUCUCCGUGUCUACCUCCUCGCCCACGCCAUCGCUUCGAGGGAGGGCUGCGCUUAUGCCACCGAUCCACGAAAACUGUCUCUUUUAUUCGCAGCAUGUAUCUUUCACGAUAUGGGCACCUGCGCCUCGCACAACGGACCCCAACGCUUCGAGGUCGAAGGGGGCGAUGCUGCUGCUACGGCUCUGCGCUCCCAAGGGUAUGCGGAGGAUGAAGCGCAUGAUGUCUGGGUCGCUAUAGCUCUGCACACGAGCCCAGGAAUCGCGGAGCGCAUCUCAUCUCUUGCUCGACUUGUACGGCUCGGUGUGGCGAUUGACUUUAAGCGGCCCGCUGCCAUGCCACUCAGCAAUGAGGAUGAAGUGCUGAGAUUCGAGGGGAAGUUGCCAAGGGGCGAGAUCGAGAAGGUGCUUGGAGAUGCGGUUGCGAACUUGGCGUUGGAGAAGUUUGGGCACGAUGAGGCCGCUUUGGCGACGAAGGCGCCUGGUUCUAGUUGGCCGGGUGGGCUGGUGAAGAGUAGGCGGGAGAAUCCGGAGUGGCAAGGGGUGAACAAGGCGUUCUGA